CGUGAAACAAAGCGGCACCUAUUCUGCCUCAUUUUUAAGAGAAGAAGAAAACCACGAAGAAGAAAAAAGGGGCGGAGCUUGAUGUUUGAAAGUCGCGGACGUAUCUGUUGGAGAAUUUCCGUGAAACUUUCAAGCGUCGCUGGAGAAGAAGCGGAGAGAUUAUCUAAAGUCUCCAUCAUGACCAACGAGGAUGCAAAGGUGAUACCAGUACGGGUCGCCUUGCGCUGUCGUCCUUUAGUGUCAAAAGAAAUCAAUGAGGGAUGUCAGUGCUGUCUCACCUUUGUGCCUGGAGAACCACAGGUGGUGGUUGGCACAGAGAAGGCGUUCACGUAUGACUAUGUAUUUGAUCCCACUGUAGAGCAGGAAGAGGUCUUCAGUACUGCUGUGUCCCCUUUAUUAUGUGGGCUAUUUAAAGGCUACCACGCCACCGUGCUUGCAUAUGGACAGACAGGGUCUGGAAAGACCUACUCUAUGGGGGGAGCGUACACAUCGGCUCAAGAGAAUGAUCCCUCUGUCGGCGUUAUUCCACGAGUUAUCAGAACCAUCUUUGAGGAAAAAGAAAAGAGGACAGACUGUGAAUUCUGCAUGGGAGUAUCAUAUCUGGAGAUCUACAAUGAGGAUGUUUUGGAUUUGUUAUGUACCUCUAAAGAUAAACCUGCUAUGAACAUCAGGGAAGACCCCAAAGAAGGUAUCAAGAUUGUUGGGCUAACUGAGAAGCAGGUGGUCUCUGCUCAGGAGAUGGUAAGCUGCCUGGAGCUGGGCAACUCCGCUCGCACUGUGGGCUCCACGGCGAUGAACGCGGCCUCGUCACGCUCGCAUGCCAUCUUCACCAUCACACUGGAACAGCGCAAAGGGAAAGACAAAGCCGACUCGGUUGUUUCCAAACUGCACCUUGUGGAUCUGGCUGGAUCAGAGAGGCAGAAAAAAACCAAAGCGGAGGGGGAUCGUUUAAAGGAAGGCAUCAGCAUCAAUCGAGGCCUUUUGGCUUUGGGUAAUGUGAUCAGUGCCUUAGGGGAUGAAAGCAAGAAAAAUGCCUUUGUCCCUUACAGAGACUCCAAAAUCACGCGCCUGUUACAAGAUUCCCUUGGAGGCAACAGUCACACACUGAUGAUCGCGUGCAUCAGUCCUGCAGACUCGAACUUGGAGGAGACCAUCAACACGCUGCGAUAUGCUGACCGAGCUCGGAAAAUAAAAAACAAGCCUGUUGUUAACCUCGACCCCAGAGUGGCAGAAAUGAGCCGUUUAAAGCAACAGGUUCAGGAAUUGCAGGUGAUGCUUCUUCAUGCCCGUGGAGGAGUGGCACCAGUGCUCUCUGGGCCAGAGUCUGGCGAGAACGUGAAAAGGUUAGUGGAACAGAACCGCAGUCUGCAGGAUGAGAACAGCAAAUUGAGCAAGGAGCUGAGUGAAACGGCAAUACAAACCGCUCUCAUGUUUGAGAAGAUCAUUAUGACUGAACAAACAAAUGAGAAACUGCAAAGCAAACUCGAACAACUGCAGCGCCAUGCAGCCUGCAGAGUCGAUCUUGAAAAAGUAUUGGAGACACUUGAGGAUCAGGAGUUGAAGGAGAACGUUGAGGUGAUGAAGAACCUGCAAGAUGUUAUCUUGGAGCUCAAGCGCGAGAGUGCUGGCAUUGCCGCCUCUAUCGAUGCCAUGGCUGCAGGAGCAGACGCACCAGAUGGAUUGGGCACGAGCUGUACAAAUGGAGUACACGAGUCCGCAGCCGAAAGCAAUGCAACGGCUGGCAAGAACUCACUCGAUGGCUUCACAGCCCAUCAUGCGCUGCAACAGGCCCAACUGUCAAAAGAGCUGAUCGAGCUGAACAAAGUGUUGAGCUUGAAGGAGGCAUUGGUCAAGAAGAUGUGCCAGAAUGAUAGCCAGCUGGAGUCUGUGCAGUCAGAGCAACAGAAUAAUAUGCAGGAUCUGCAGAUGGCUGUGAAUUCUUUGCAAAAGGAGAAAGAGGAGCUUGUUUUGGCACUUCAGUCCGCAAAGAAAGACACCAACCACGCUAAGCUGAGCGAACAGCGCAGAAAGCGCCUGCAGGAGCUGGAGGGCCAGCUGGUUGACAUGAAGAAGAAGCUUUUUGAACAGUCAAAAAUGCUCAAACUCAAAGAGUCUUCUGUUCAGAAAGUUAGCAAGCUCAUGCAGGAAAUACAGGCGAUGAAGUCCCAGCGUACACAGCUAAUGAGGCAGAUGAGGGAUGACUCAGAGAAAUUCAGACUCUGGAAGAGUAAAAAGGACAGAGAGGUGCUUCAACUGAAAGAAAAGGAUCGUAAACGUCAAUAUGAGUUGCUUAAACUCGAGAGGGAUUUUCAGAAACAGGCCAGUGUCCUGCGUCGGAAAACGGAGGAGGCUGCAGCUGCAAACAAGCGACUGAAAGUUGCUCUGCAGAAACGAAGUGAAGUCGUAGAGAAACGUAAAGACUCUCAGAACAGAGGGAUGGAGGUCGCUGCUGUCAGAGUGAAGAAUUGGUUUCUCAGUGAGGUCGAGGUUAUGGUUAGCACAGAAGAAGCCCGGCGUCACCUUAACGACCUUCUGGAGGACAGGAAAGUCUUGGCUCAGGAGAUAACGCAGCUCAAGCAGCAGAUUGAUGCCGGCGAGCGACCCGCUGCCAAAAUCAGGCGUCGGACGCUACUCAUCUCUGAAUUGGAGACCCAGGGGGCGCUGGAGACACCUCUGACCAAACAAGUGGAGAACUUGAAGACAGAAAUGGAACUCAGGAAUGCCCAGAUAGCUGACCUUCAGCAGAAGGUCCUUGCCGCAGACACCGAGGGGCGUCUGAAACAGCGCAUAGAUGGCAUCACAAGCAUUGUUGAUGCCAAGUGUGCGGUCAGAGUCCUGAUGGCGGAGCUGGUGUCGGCAAAGACGGUUGCAGCCAAGCUGGAGAGUGACCUCCAUCAAGAGAAAGCCAAUGGACAAGACCUGAGCAAAAUGUUGGCUGAUGAGCGAGAGGUGAUGUCCACCAUGGACAUGGAGCACCAGCAGCAGCUUGUGGAAUUAGAGCAGAGGCAUCAAGACAAAGUUCAGUGUCUCCUCAAUCAACUCCAGAACAAACCUAUUUGUCGAGAGUCAGAUGAACCAAAGCAGAGAGAUGAAGAGAACAACACAAAGGAAAAAGAGCUCCUGCAGCGUCUCAAAGUUCAGGAUGAGGAGCUCCACAAACUGCGUGUUCUGUGCGAGCAGAACCAAAACCUGGUGUUGGAGUAUAGACAGAAAGAGGAGGAAGAAGAUGACUGGCAUCCAGAGAAACCGGAGAAGGCACGCAGGACAUCCAGGAAACCGAGAACAGGGUGUUCCUGCAAAGGCUGCUGUAGCAACAAGCACUGUCGUUGCCGUAAAGGGAAGAUGACGUGCAGUGAGAACUGCCAGUGUGACCACGUGAAAUGUCAAAACAUGGACGAGCAGAUUGUUGCUGAGGAUGAAAGCCUGAGCGAAAAUGUUUCAAGAGACUCUGCCAGUCCAGACACCACGUUCUUCAAUCCGCCAUCUUGCACACCAACAAAGAAGGUAUUAGAGGAAAUGGGAGACAUGGGGCACGACACCACAGACCUAAAACUCGUACGCAAGCCUAUCUUAAAAGAGGAGGACCAGGAUGUGGAUCAGGAGGAAGACAGAACUACAAUAAGAAUCCUCAAGAAGAAGAAACGACUCCUGACAAGUUUUCAGAACAGUUUUUUCUCUGGCUGCACUCCAAUCACAGAGGAAUCUUCUACUUCUAUUUAGUUAUAUAAGUUACAUAUGUCUUUGUGAAUGUGAUCCGUCCUUUUAUAUGUGACUUGCAAUCUCGCCGUUUGAUUUUGUGGGUAGCAAAAUGGACUGUGAGCAGUGUCCAGUUAUGGACUUCUUAUUGCACAAUGAGAUGAUCGAGAAAGCUGCACAUUUGAGGAGGGAUGUCAUGUAACAAUGAGCACUCAAGGAAUUUAGCCUUAGGUUUGGACUUCCAGUGGAGGAUUUUUUUUAAAUCUUUUUGAUCAACUUGUACUUUUAGCGACAAAGGUUAAUAAAAUCUAACGG